CCCGACAGCGUCCUGUGAGCCGAGCUCCGGUCCAGUUUUUGUCAAGAUUAAAUUAGUCCGGCAAGUUUGCUGGGGUCACGGCAAUAAAGCUUUUUUCUUCUCAAAUCAAUAUGUGUUCAAAAGAGUGAUAUAUUUGAAGCACAAAACCGCUGUCUAUGGAGAGGUCAGACCUCGUAAUGGCUUGGCACUAUUUUCUUCCCUGUCAUAUCACUGCGCGCUGCCGCUACCUACAGCCAGCUGGGAGCCGCGCACGUGUCACUUUGUUUACAACUCGUAAAGAGAACGAUAACAUGUCUGACUACAGCAGCGACGAUGACAACAUUGACUUCGACACACAGCCAAAAGGAUAUCUUUACGAACCUGAAUACACAGAUGACGAGUUACGCCAGAUGGAGUUUGAAAGGACAGAAAGAGAGAGGAUGGACAGAGAAGUUGAACAAGUUGAAGCUGCAGCCACAGCUGCUGCAGUGAGACAUCGAGUGGCCGACAAAUGGUGGUGUACUUGUUUUAAGUGUGAACUAAUGCAGACAGAAGUGGAGUCCUACUGCUGCCAUGAAUUUGAUCUCAUCAUGCCACAGAUCCAAGACCUUUCUAUUGAUGAGGACGCCAGCGUACCAGCUUCGGUCUGCAUCACAAAUCACAAGGACUUUCCUGCAAUCCUGAAUGCUGGUGUCUUGCAGACCUUUUUCCACAUUCCGAAAAUUAACUGGAAGAAGCGUCCCAGGCCAGCAGGACCCAACGGUCAGUUGUCCUCAGAACAAUACAGGCUGGUUGCCUAUCGCAUCGUGAUGGAAUGGGCCCUGAAAGGAGAGAAGCUCGGCCUAGGCAACAGGAAAGUUCUUCCCUCCUGUGUAGUGGAGCUAAUAAGAAAAACAUACCCAUCACCAAAUGGACAAUAUGCAGGGUUCAAAGAAUCAGAGGACGCACUGCAAUUGUUUUAG